AUGAGAUUUGGUGAAGGUGCUAUUUGUUACUUUACUAAAGUUACUAGAGUCAAGGUAAUUUUUGAACACCCACCUAAGGUGGAACUUUUGGCGUGGAAGGCUUUGCAGGAGAGGUUGGCCACAAGGUCAGUUCUGAUGAGCAGAAAUAUUGUGGUAAAUGAUGUACUAUGCCCUUUUUGCUCCUUGUUUCUGGAAACACCUAACCAUUUGCUACUUCACUGUCACUUUUCUUGGUGUGUUUGGUCUCAAGUAUUGGAUUGGUGGCAUACUAAUUGGGUGUGUCCGUCUUCGAUAGCGGACCUCAUGUGUGGGUGGUUCGACAACAACUUCCGUAAAUUGGAAAAACACAUUUGGGAAGUGUGCUUCUAUGCAACAAUCUGGUCCAUUUGGAUGAUGCGGAAUGGCUGUAUUUUUAAGAAUGCAACUUCAAGCUCAGAGGAGGUGGUGGAUAUUAUUAAGUUUAGGGUUGCGAUGUGGAUUAAAGUCAAAUUCAAUGUUAGGAUGUACACUGUGGAGGAUUUCAAAAGAUUUUUAGAUGGCAUUCGAUCGCUUAAUUUGUAA